CUUCCAGACCUGUCGCCGACCACCCGCCGCCAGCCGUCGCCGGUACGCCGCUGCUGGAGGGAGUUCGCGCCGGUAUGCCGCCAUCGCCCUCGGUGCUGGUGGCCGCUUGGCUGCCCAUCGGGGCGGCAAAUCGUUCUUCCCUUUCGUCUCUCCCAAUGGCCGACCUUCCUUUUGCGACCUGGUUCCGGUUGGUUUUGUGGCCGUCCUCCCACCACUCCGGAUAGCCGACCACCUCGAAACACGUCUCCUUCGUAUGUUUCGUCUUUCCGCAGUGACUGCAAAACAGCUUGGAUUUGUCCACCCGAGGUCGAUUGGAGAAGGAAUCGGGCGACUGGCCUCGAUCUCUCGGAGCCGGAGGCGGUCUGGUGUGGCUCCGGCGCGGUGGCGGUGGUCCGCCUGUUCGGCUCCCAAAUCCCGCUGAUACCAAUUCAACUCGUUUGGACAUUUUGUAUUUGGUUUGAUUGUUACUCACUUGAUCUUGAUUGUUUUUUCAGGCUUGGGAAUGUGUGGUGGUAGGGGCUGAUUUUUGCCUUGGUUUAGUCAAGGAGUUGAGAGGGGUAUGGAACAAUGAUGAGAACUGCUCUGAGUUCCAAAAAAAAAUUAGGAUCGAAAUCUCGUUCGUGAUACCAUGUUAAAACAGAUUAUUGUAGAGAAGAUUGUUGUAUUGGAUUGAUUGAAUAUGAUACCCAACACCCAUGUAUUUAUAGGGGUGUUGGGGACUCUUGAGAUACAACAAUGAAUGUGCCUUGGAACAAGACUACUAUUGGAACUAGACAUUAUUAAUGUUCUAUUCUUGGAACUCUAAUGUUCAUUAACCAACACCUCCGCCUCCUCCUCUUUUACCGUCAUCGCCUUCAGCCGAGCCAAGUCAAAUUGGGCUAGUUAAUUUGCAGGAAAGAAAAAUGGCACCACGACUCGAACUAUUGUGCUCAUUGUGGUUGCAAUUGUUGUGUUCUUGAUUGUUAGUGUGUCGGUUGCCAUCUUGAUACGAAAGAAAAAGAAGCAGAAUCCAACGGAAAUGGCUCAAAAUGUGGACGAGAUUAGCACAGUCGAGUCUCUGCAGUAUGCUUUCAGCACAAUCAAAGCUGCAACAAAUAAUUUCUCUGAUCAUAAUAAGUUGGGCCAAGGUGGAUUUGGGGGUGUUUACAAGGGGAAACUUCCAAAUGGUCAAGAAAUUGCAGUAAAAAGACUGUCAAUGGAUUCUGGGCAAGGCGAUAUGGAAUUCAAAAAUGAGGUUCUGUUAUUGGCUAAGCUUCAACACAGGAAUUUGGUUAGACUAUUAGGUUUCUCCUUAGAAGGAAUGGAGAAGCUGUUAGUAUAUGAAUUUGUUCAAAACGCAAGCUUGGAUAACUUCAUAUUCGACUCAGUUAGGCAUUCGGAAUUGGAUUGGGAUAGACGCUACAAGAUCAUAGGAGGUAUUGCGAGGGGAAUCCUCUACUUGCACGAAGAUUCUCGUCUCAGGAUCAUUCACCGUGAUUUAAAGGCUAGUAAUAUACUUCUAGACAAAGAGAUGAGUCCCAAGAUUGCCGACUUUGGUAUGGCAAGAUUAUUUGGACAAGAUGAAACACAAGGAAAUACAAGCCAAGUUGUGGGAACAUACGGUUAUAUGCCACCGGAGUACCUAAUACACGGCCAGUUCUCAGUCAAGUCGGACGUCUACAGCUUUGGAGUAUUAGUCCUUGAAAUCAUCAGCGGCCGCAGAAAUAAUGGUUUUCGAAGCGGGGGUGACAGCAUAGGAGACCUCCUAAGCUUCGCAUGGAAAAGUUGGCAAGAGGGAAGAGGUGAAGAAUUGGUGGACCCAUUUUUGAGGAGUGGUUCGGGUUCGGGUUCGACAAAUGAGAUGCUGAGAUGCAUCCAUAUUGGUUUGCUGUGUGUACAGGAAGAUGCGGCGGAUCGACCAACCAUGGCCUCAGUGGUGCUUAUGUUGAGCAGCUUCUCCAUAACCUUAAACUUGCCUUCGGAGCCAGAAUUUUACGCCGACACUGGGGAGAGGCCGACUAUGGCGUUGGUUGUGAUCAUGCUGAGCAGCGCAUCCGUAAGUCUGGCUGUGCCUUCUGAUCCUGCAUUUUAUUCUUCGGGCGGGCUAUACUCCCCGACAUUCAUACUACAGUUCGAGGGGAGCGUGCCGAGCUUCUGCAGCUGAUCAGUCGGAUCAUUCAUCCAACAAUGAUGUUUCCAUCACCGAUUUACUUCUACGAUGAUUUCUGUUGGAAAUUUAUGUUGAGAUAUUUGAAAUGUGAACAACGAGACGAUACUUUGCAUAGAGGAUUCUUGUUGAAUAUUGAAUGUUUGGGUAAAUAAAGAGUGUGAGCAUCAUUCUAUUUAUAUUAGUGUGGGAAUGAACUACACAAAUACAUAUAUCUAAUCAAAGAAAUAUACUCCUAUUAAUCUUCAA